AUGUCAUCAACAAUUGAAACAAUUAAUGAAUAUGCUUUUUCACAUUGUGCAAUGACUAAUUUGACAAUUAUUAAUUAUUGUACAACAAUUUCAAAUAAUGCAUUUGCCAAUAGUAAUUUAAGAAAUAUAACAUUUCCAGAUUCACUUGUCAGCAUAGGAUCACUUGUAUUUGUUGGAUGUCCAUGUGAAAAUAUUACUUUUUAUUCAAAAUUCAAAAUCAUUAAUAAAAAUGCAUUAACAAAUAGUAGUGUUAAGUAUCUAUAUCUCCAUUCAAUAGAAUUAAUUGAAGAGGAAGCAUUUUACAAUUCAUCAAUACAUGUCGUUCAAUUUCCAGAAUCUGCAAAUUUGUCUAUAAAACGAUAUGCAUUUUCAUAUUGCGAUAUUGAUGAGAUUAUUCUUCCUCAUGGCACAGAGAAUAUUGCAAGAUUUGCAUUUCGAGAGACUCAAAUGAAUACUUUAUCGAUACCGAGUACAUUGAAAAAUAUAGUAAAUUGGACAUUUGCUGGUUGUCAAGUUAAAAAUCUUAUAAUAAGAGAAGGUAUCACCGAAAUCCCCGAAUUUUAUUUCUCAUUAAAUGAUUUUGUUCAUGUAACUCUUCCAUCGACUCUCAAAAGUAUUGGAAGAUAUGCAUUCAUGUGGUCAUGGAUGAAUGAAAUUUCGAUUCCUGCCGGAUGUAAUGUUUCUAAUAAUGCAUUCAAAAAUUGUGAAAAACUUAAGAAUAUCACUAUUGGUGCAAAUUGUAUAAUUAAUAAAGAUGCAUUCAUUCUUUGCAACAAUACAGAAAACAUUAUUGUAUCAGAAAAUAUUACAUAUACAGAUAUGGUAUUUUUAGGGAUGAAGAAUGUGAGUCUUACAUACACUGGAGUUCAAGACGUAACAGAUACAAAUGCAACACUUAAUUACCAACAAAUCGCAACAAAUGUUAAUGUUCCACAAAAUUAUGAAAAUGAUACAUUUUGUACAAUCCCAAUUACUAAGAAAGACUAA